AUGGCAAAGCCAAACCAUAUCGGGAUACAUCAAUAUCAAGUUUUCUCCAUCACUUCUUUGUUGACGUUCAUUUCCACCAAACGACAUCAAAUCUGUUUCAUUUUUGUUCAUUCAUGUCCACCGAUCAAUCAAAUUCCCAAAUACUUUCAUAAAUCCGCUGUUCCAUUCCCAUAUUCCUCUAAAUCCGCAAAUCUUGCCCUAAUUUUCAUAUCCAAGGAAAGGGAACGUUUUGGUGGAGUCAAGCCGGGAAAUUUGGGGUUGGGCGGUUUUGAGAAAAACUGGAAGAGUUGUUCUUAA